GGGGCCGGCGGCGCGCUGCAACGGCGGGGAAGAGGGAAGGCGGCCGAAUCACGGAGACCUGAGCCCGGGACACCGGCUGCUUCUGCAGAGGAGAUAAGAUAACGCGUAAAGCGCCCCACAGGGGUAAAUGCAACCGGGCAGAGGGCGCAGUCUCAGCCGGCAGUGACAGAAACGAGAUUUAAUCUGCAUUGAGGAGAGAAAAAUAACCCCAGCAAGAAGAUGAGGUUGCACAUCUGGGCAGCGGUCGCCUGCUCGCUGGUGGCGGCGGCCGUCUGCACCAAAGCCAAUAAGCACAAGCCAUGGAUCGAGGCCGAGUACCAGGGGAUCGUUAUGGAGAAUGACAAGACAGUUCUUCUCAACCCCCCGCUCUUCGCUAUCGACAAGGAUGCCCCUCUCCGCUACGCAGGAGAGAUCUGCGGAUUUAAGAUUCACGGCCAGAACGUGCCAUUCGAGGCGGUGGUCCUGGACAAGAUGACGGGAGAAGGGAUCAUUCAGGCCAAGACAGCCGUGGACUGCGAGUCACAGCGGGAGCACACCUUCACUAUCCAGGCACAUGACUGUGGAGAGGACGCGCAGAAGACCAACGUCAAGCGGUCCCACAAGGCCGUGGUGCACGUACGGGUGAACGAUGUAAACGAAUUUGUGCCCGUGUUCAUGGAGAGCGUGUACCGGGUGUCGGUGUCUGAGGGGAAGGUGCCGGGGCCGCUGCUGAGGGUGGAGGCUGUGGACGGAGACUGCUCUCCACAGUACAGUCAGAUCUGCUUCUACCAGAUCCUCACUCCCGAUGUCCCCUUCACCAUUGAUAAUGACGGAAACAUCCGAAACACGGAGACACUGGACGGCAGGAAGGAAACCCUCUUCACCUUCUCCGUCACGGCCUACGACUGCGGGAAGAAGCGGGCGGCCGAGGAUGCUCAGGUCCAAGUGGAGGUCAGGCCCACCUGUGUGCCCUCCUGGCUAGGUUGGAACGAGCGUAUCGAGUACCUGCCGGGCUCGGGCGCACAGGCUGUCUUCCCCCACAUCCACUUGGAGACUUGUGAGCUGGCGGUGUGGGACAUCAGGGCCAUCAUCGAGCUCCAGACCAGCCAUGUAGCCAAGGGCUGUGACCGCGACAACUACUCCGAGAAGACCUUGAGGAAACUGUGCGGUGCCUCUCGAGGGGAAGUGGACCUCCUGCCCCCCCCUGGCCCCCUGGUGAACUGGACCCGGGGCCUGCCCACGCUGGAGAGCCAGGACACGAGCCAGGUCUACCUGUUUAACCGGUCCCGGGCCGUGCGCGUGCCCCCCGGGGCCGUGCCCCCGGGCCUCGGCGACUCCUUCACCCUCUCGUUCUGGAUGAAGCAUGGCGCUGCCAACAAGGACCCGCACGCCAGGGACGAGGAGGCCAUCGCCUGUCACACCAUGCCGGCAGAUUCGGGCUUUGCGCACUACGCCCUGACCGUCCAGGGGCCCCGCUUCUCCUUCCUGUACUGGCCCCAGCUGGGCAGCACCCGUCCGGUCAAGUUCCGCUGGAAGCUCGAGCAGGUCUGCGACGAUGCGUGGCACCACUACGCCCUGAGCCUCCAGUUCCCCACCGUGGUCCUCUACGUAGACGGCGUCACCUUCGAGCCCGCCCUGGUCAUGGAGAGCGGCCCCUUCCGUCCCCCCAGGCCUCAGCCUCGCCUGGUCAUCGGGGCCUGCUGGGCAGAUGAGAUCUGGACAGAAACAAACAACAUCACCGACGUUCCCCCAGCCCCGCAGGAGCCGCCUCUGGAACGGUUACUGACGGCGUUGUUGGCGGGGGUGACGGUCAGGCCUGGGCCUGUGGAUGGUCACCAGGUUCUCGAGUGUCUCUACUCCUGCAGAGAAGGACUCGACUUCAGCGACUUCGAGAGUCUGGGCAAAGGCAUGAAGGUGCACAUUAACCCUUCGCAGACGCAGCUCGUCUUGGAAGGAGACGACAUCGAGAACAUCAACCGAGCCAUUGAGCACGUCACCUAUCGCAACGCACUACGCUUUGCCACGCCAGGAGUCCGUCCCCUCAAACUCACCACCACCAUGAAGUGCUUGAGUGAGGGUCCCUGUGUUUCCGUGGCCCCAGUGGAGGGCUUGUUGGUGGUACUGGAGCCAGAGGAGCCCCGGAUCAUGGUGAGGGGUGAGCCCCACCUGGCGCGACCAGCUUCUGACUGUGAGGCGGAGGGGGGAGUCCAGCUGUUCCCCGGGCUCCGCAUCUCCUGCACCGUCACCCACCACCUCCGAGCCCAGGACACGCCCAGUCCGCAGCCCACCGACCCACUAGCGUCAGACAGCUUUAUCCACAGCCUGGACUCGUGUGAGGUGUUUGUUGUGGGGGAGUCGCUGGACCCCAGUCGUGACCAGCUGCUCCUCGAUCCGCAGCUCAUUCUGCAGAAAGGUCUGCAGGUCACCAACACCAGCAGUGUCCUCACCAUCUCCGGCGUAGAGAGCAUAGGUGUCUACGAGCUGGUGCUGCGUGGGAUUCACUACCGUGUAGAGCCAGGUGCUGCGUUGUACGAGCGCAAGUUUCGUCUGCUGUGUGGGGAGAUGAACGGGCGGUAUGUUAGCAACGAGUUCACUGUAGAGCUGAACGUGCUCCACACCCUGGGAUCCCCGGUACAACCCAGCCACCUACAGCUGGGACAACAGUUCCUGCACUCGGCUCACCGGGGGCACCCCGAGCUGGCCGGGCACCGGGUGGCUAGCACCCACCGCAGCUCAGUGGUCCCCGGGGCCGCCACGGUCAUCAUCCUGGUCUGCGUCGCCUUCCUGGUCCUGAUGGUCAUCCUCGGAAUAUUCCGGAUCCGCUCCGUCCGGCCUGGACCACAGGACACACGACGGGGGCAGGAGGGCGAAGCCUUCUGGGACGACAGUGCCCUUACCAUCAUUGUCAACCCCAUGGAGACCUAUGAGCACCGGCAGGGGUCGGGGGAGGUGUCAGAUGGUCACGACCCAAUGACCCCAAGCUCCUCAGGGCAGGAGAAGUAAACUCUGGAGACUGCUGCGUGUGAAAAUCCUGGGAGGUCAGCAGUUUUCCGAGAUACUCAAACCACCACUGUCUGGCACCAACCAUCAUUCCCCGGUCAAAGUCACUUAGAUCACAUCUCUUCCCCCCGCAUUCUGAUGUUUGGUCUCAGCAACAACUGAACCUCGUGACCGUGUCUGCAUGCUCUUAUGCAUCGAGUUGCUGCCACGUGAUUGUCUGGUUAGAUA